UAAGAAUCAAGGGUUUUCUCUUUGCUUGUCAAUUUUUGACCUCAACUGAAAAGAAGCCUCUGGGAGGGAUAGCUGGUUUAACGGUUUAUGGCGGUGAUGUCUCUCACUGCUCCGAGCAAGGGACAUAAAGCAGCAACAAAGUGUCAGAGAGAUAUCGUGAGUGCUUGAGGGACCGCAGAGCGAAGCGAUUGAGAGAUAGCGGGAGGAAUAGAGAAGGAAAUUGGAGCUCGAGGAAGCAGAAAAAGAAGAUAGCUGCAUUUUCUCUAUACUCUUUUUGGCUCACCGAAUUCUGAGAUUCUCUGUUCGACCGAGUGAGAUAAGGUUGCUAAAAGCAUCUUUCAUGGCAACUUUUGUUCGUGUUUGAUUCACAAUGAGAUUGAUGGAGUCAGCAAGAUGUAUAUAUAUUCAUAAUAUCUUUGCCGUUCAUGUGAAGAGUCAGCCGAAGUUGAAACGUUGCCGUUGCUGAAGGUAUUGCGUCUGCGGUUUAAUAGUCAGCAAGAAUAGUAAACUCAUCACUUAUCUGUUACGAAUGGAAGAACAAGAUAGAAGCGUGUGCAAAGAGCCAAAACUAUGUGAAGAGUGCAAGUUCAACCCAUCGAUAUACAAAUGUCCUGGUUGCUCCAUACGUUCAUGCAGUCUUGCUUGUGUCAAAGCUCACAAACAACGCACGGGAUGCACUGGCAAGAGGAAUCAGACUCAAUUUGUUCCUAUCUCUCAGUUUGACGACAGCCUCCUACUGUCUGACUAUAAUUUGCUGGAGGAUAUGAAGAGGGUAGCUGAAUCAGCUCGAAGGAUGAGAACUAAAUUUGGUGCUCACUUUAGAUUACCUUUGCACCUUAAAAGCCUUCGAAGUGCUGCUGGGAGCCGGAAAACUAAGCUACUGUUUCUUCCUAGAGGGAUGUCAAAAAGAGAGAAGAAUCAGUCUCGAUAUGACAACAGGAAGAAGUUCAUAUCUUGGACAAUUGAAUGGCGGUUUCACCAAACAGAUAUCAUUGUCGUUGACCAUGGAGUCAAUGAGAACGCAAGCUUGAGCACCAUUCUGGAGAAGCAUCUUAAGCCUGGUCCUUGGAAUCAUCAAUUAAGGAAAUUCUGUGAAGAGAAGCUGGAUUGUCUGAAGUUUUUCAUUCGAAAGUUUCCAAAGGGACCAAAGUCACCAUUUAAAGAGUUGGACAUGAAAGCUCCAAUUAGAGAGCAACUAGCAAAUGUAAUCAUCUUGGAAUUCCCUGUCAUUCAUGUAUUUCUGCCUUCUCACAACGUCAAUUUUGAAGUUAUCAAGCCUGUCAACCCCACCGUACACAAACCACUGCAGAAGGAGGAUUAUGUUGGCGAUCGAAGCCCAAACGGUAAACCAUUUAGGGAGGAGGAGAUAGAAGAUGACAACAGCUCCCCAAAUCCACAGAUUUUUGAUCUCAUGAAGCAUUUAGAUUCAGAAUUAUCAUAUGAAGCGCCUAGCCAAAACAAGAGUUCUGAGCAAGCACUAAAUAUUUCAUCAGAUAAACCUCUGCUUGAAGUUGAAGGAGACGCAGUUGGAAAUCUUUCACAUUCUUCCAUGAAAAGCAACGAACUAGAUUUAUCUGGAAAUACGGCAUUUGACGUUGAUAGUAAUUAUAUGGAUAUCUAUUCUGAUCUUAUGGCUUUAAUCAAUCCUGAAGAAUUUAUUGAUUAUGAAAGUGAACUUUCCAGUAAACCAGAAGUUGAGGGAAGAGAUUUAUGUGGUGUGAGUGGAAUGUGUCCUGUGCCAGGGGAAUUGGAGGAAGGGGAAAUUGCAGAAUAGUUGGUGUCUAUAGUUCUCUGCCGAGUGAUGAGAAGCGGAAAGUUGUGUGACUGUUGGAAAGCUCAUGCUUUCGGUUGUGUAUCAAGCGCGAGGAAAACUUUUUAGAGUGAUGGGUUUUUGUCACAAUUAUCUGCCCAAGAAAUGAAUCUGAUUUCAUAUUCACUCUCUGGCCCAUGAAUCUCAUUCCCAUUCAUUCUCAGCUGUUCAUCUUGAAUGUGUUGGAUUCAUUUUCAUAGUUUAUCUAUCUUUGAAGAUUGCGCUGCCCCACUUUGGAUGGGCGAUUCAGGGAGAGCACCUCUCUCACAGUCUCGGUUCAAAUUUUGGUUUCGGCUUUCGGUUUUGUUUGGUGGUAGAUUAGAAUCAUGGACUCUCUCUUGAUAUACCUUGUAAGACUUGACUUUAAAAAUAAACGUAUUUAAUCUUA